UCCGGUGUGAGCGUGAGUCUCUCCCCGCCCUCCUGCACUGGGCUUGGCGCUGGGGCCCGGCCUGCAGUCACAGGCGCCGGGACGCGGACUCCCCUGCCACCGCCGCCAUGGCCCAGUCGGGGAGACCCGCGUUUGGCAGCCAGAAUGGGGCUGAGCAGCCGCAGCCGUACAGCAACGGUCCUGUUCAAAGCUCAUUGAUGAAUUCAUCACAUAUGUCAGAUGGACAAGCAUAUAAUUCUUGGGUUCCAGGUGUGUACUCUCACCAAAUGACGACAAAGAAUCCUCUGCAUACAACUUCUGGACUAUAUAACUAUGAUAGUUCACAGCCUGUUUCAUCUUUUAGUAAUUAUCAGGGACCUGGGCAGACUCUGAAUAGACCACCUACUGGAUCUUCUAUGGCAACAAUACAACCUGGACCUAUUGCCCAUAUGCCUCCUCCCUUGCAGAACUCGGCUGCUGUAUCAACCUCUUCUGGUAGCUUUUCUUCUGGAGUCAAUUUCCCAGCACACUCAAACUGGCAGUAUGGGCAGACUCCUUUGAGUCAGUCAACAGUUGGCUCUCCAGCAAACCAUUUUGCUCAUCCAUCAGCAACUCAGCCAUUGCUGUCAUCAACAGGGAAUACAGAUCUGCCCACAAGCUAUCAUUAUGUUUCUUCUCCUGGAGGUCCUCCAGUUCAAAACAGCUACACAAAGCCAGGUUCUGUUCCUCUACCGUUUAAUCAGCCAACCUACUCACCAGUCCGACCUCCUUUAGGACCUCCUCCAGUUGGAAAUCCAGCUUCUAUACGGCCAUCAGCUCCCCCAACAGCUCCACUAGGAAGUACUGCAUCACAGGUUGUUCAGAAUUCAGCAGCAAAGCAUGAAGCAGGUGAUGCUGCCUCUCCUGCCAGCGAUGGAUCACUGGUCCAAAAUAAUUAUGAUACCAUAGAAGGAGGUGGCUUCUCAGCAACAGCACAUACCCCUUCUGCACCUCAGAAUCUUAAGACAAAUAGACACGUUGGGAGUUCUUAUCCCAGCUUGCCUCCAGGCUACCAAAAUGCAUCUCCAUCUAGAGCACCAAGAUUGCCAUCCCCAGGGAUGCAGUAUCCGUGUGGACCACAACCAUUUCCUCAGCCUGCCAUCGGAACUAAUAACUUAGCUGCGUCUAUGAACAGAUUAAGUCUUCAGCCAGAAGGAUUAAGACCUAUCAACCUUCUUCAAGACAGAAAUAUUCUUCCCACUACUCCCCUGCAGGCACCUGUCCCAAACUUGCAUGAAGAUAUUCAGAAGCUAAACUGUAAUCCAGAAUUGUUCCGAUGUACGUUGACUAACAUUCCUCAAACUCAGGCCUUAUUGAACAAAGCCAAACUUCCGUUGGGGCUCCUGCUUCAUCCUUUCAAAGACCUAUCGCAAUUGCCUGUAGUGACUUCCAGCACAAUUGUGAGGUGUCGUAGCUGCAGGACAUAUAUCAAUCCUUUUGUCAGCUUUCUUGACCAGAGGAGAUGGAAAUGCAACUUAUGUUACAGAGUGAAUGAUGUUCCUGAAGAAUUCAUGUACAAUCCUGUGACAAGAGUUUAUGGAGAACCUCAUAAAAGACCUGAAGUUCAAAAUGCUACAAUUGAGUUUAUGGCUCCCUCAGAAUACAUGCUACGUCCACCUCAACCUCCUGUUUACCUCUUUGUAUUUGAUGUUUCUCAUAAUGCAAUAGAAACAGGAUACUUGAAUACUGUAUGCAAGACGUUAUUGGACAAUCUAGACUUACUCCCAGGAAACACUAGAACAAAAAUAGGCUUUAUAACUUUUGACAGCACAAUCCAUUUCUAUAGCCUUCAGGAAGGUCUUUCUCAGCCUCAAAUGUUAAUAGUUUCAGAUAUUGAAGAUGUGUUUAUACCAAUGCCUGAGAAUCUACUAGUAAACUUAAAUGAAAGCAAAGAGCUAAUUCAAGAUUUACUAAGAACCUUGCCCCAGAUGUUUACCAACUCCCUGGAAACGCAGAGUGCUCUUGGACCAGCACUGCAGGCUGCUUUUAAAUUGAUGUCCCCCACUGGUGGCCGGAUUUCUGUUUUCCAGACACAGCUUCCAUCUAUAGGAGCAGGUGCACUCAAACCUCGUGAAGAGCCUAACCAAAAAGCAUCUGCGAAGGACAUACAUCUUACGCCAUCUACUGACUUCUAUAAAAAGUUGGCCUUGGAUUGCUCAGGACAACAGGUUGCAGUUGACUUGUUUCUUCUUAGUGGGCAGUACUCUGAUUUGGCUUCAUUAGGGUGUAUAUCAAGGUAUUCAGCUGGAAGUGUCUAUUACUACCAAUCUUACCAUCACCAACAGAAUCCUCCUGUGGUGGAGAAAUUACAGAAAGAGCUUAAGCGAUACUUGACUAGGAAGAUUGGCUUUGAGGCUGUUAUGAGAAUAAGAUGUACCAAAGGUCUUUCCAUUCAUACUUUCCAUGGCAACUUUUUUGUGCGGUCAACAGACUUGUUGUCAUUACCCAAUGUGAAUCCUGAUGCAGGAUAUGCUGUACAAAUGUCAGUAGAAGAGAGUCUGACAGACAUGCAAGUGGUCUGCUUUCAGUCUGCCCUCCUUUACACAUCCAGUAAAGGUGAAAGGAGGAUUCGUGUCCACACAUUGUGUUUGCCAGUUGUUAACCAGCUGAGUGAUGUUUAUAUGGGUGCUGAUGUUCAAGCUAUUACUGGGCUUUUAGCCAAUAUGGCUGUUGAUCGGUCAGUUUCUGCUAGUUUGAGCGAUGCUCGAGAUGCGUUGGUGAAUGCUGUAAUAGAUUCCCUUUCUGCAUACCGAUCAUCUGUCCUAACUAUUCAACAGCCUGGUCUCAUGGCUCCCUUCUCAUUACGUCUCUUCCCACUGUAUGUACUGGCUCUCUUAAAACAGAAAGCAUUCCAAACUGGUACAAAUACACGUUUAGAUGAUCGCAUCUUCACCAUGUGUCAAGUGAAAAACCAACCGUUAGCAUACCUCAUGCUUAUGAUGCAUCCCACUUUAUACAGAAUUGACAAUCUCACAGAUGAGGGUGCCCUCAACAUCAAUGACAGCCCAUGGCACCACAGCCUCGCAGUCACCUGCCUGUCUUAUGGAGAAAAUAAGUAGAAAUGGGACAUGCUUCACCCUAUGGAUGAUGGCUCUGUCACAUGUUUUUAUGGAUUGGAAAGAAUUGUGGGCAGAACUUUAUCAGCCAUGUCAUUGGUGUUCCAAACUAUGCAUCAAUACCGCACAAUAAGGCACAUCUCUCUGAGCUCGACACAACUG